AUGGGCGAUCCCGCACUCAAACCGCCUUUUUCGAGUCUUAACAUUACGGACACUAUCAUUCACACCUUAUCGACUCUACCACGAGACUACUGUAUAUCACGAAAUUAUGUCUAUGAUAUCCCUCUGCCACGGCUGCGGAUCAAUGGACGUCGCCUUGCGCGCCUUGCAACCCAUCGCUAUAUACCCGACCCGGAAAUAGGAUCUCGGUAUCUAUGGAGCAACAGUAUUGGAGGUCUCAUAUUUCGCCAAGACCGUUCUGAUCCUAUAGAAGUUCCUCUCACGUUCCUAUCCCGACAGGUGACCGACGUCGAGAUACUGGACUGUAUACCGCAGCUGGAUGACUUCUUUCCUCGGGAUAAGCUCGCCUGUCGAAGGGUUGCUGCACGAGGGGACGACCCGCCUUUUGAGCUUUGGUACCACAAGAACGGAACGCAGCUAGGCAUUUCUGCGAAUUACAUGAUUGCCAGCCUUACCAGUUCUCUUGAGCCACGGAAAAUAUGGUACGGCCCAGUCAUUGCUUUGAUACUCCUGAGAGAUCCAUUUGGGAUGAAGUACACAAAUUUCGAAUGGCGUCACUUGGACGUUUUCAGAAGAUUUUUCAUGAGUUGUCCCGGUCCCUCAUUCGUUUCUUAA